UUUUCGUCCUUUAUCUCUCUUCUAGGGUUCAGGGUUUAAGGAUCUCCCAAAAUUUUGAUUUUUUCUCCCACGGUUUCUGGUUACGAAGUUGUUUUUGGGUGUAAUUUAGACUCUCUUCUUGUUAGGGAUUUGCCGAUUUCGAAAAUUUUCCCGGGAAAAUUUGUUCUACAUCGUUGCUGUCUUUUUCGAUAGGAUCUUCGUUGAACUGAUUGGGAUCACUAAUUUCAAAAUUCUUGUUUCACUCUCUCUUCCGGGGAAAAAAGUUCUCUUUGAUCCUCUAUCACAGAAAUUUGGGAAGGAGUUUGAAAUUCGCAUGAAAAAAUUGUUGGUUUUUUGAAAGUUCGAAAGUUCAAUCAUCUUGUUGGUUUAGAGAUAUCUAACCUUAAUCGAUUGUCUGAAUUUGUUUUCAACAAUUCAAUAACGACGCUCUAACUACACAAGCACGAUUUAAUCAGUUGCUUGGAAGUGAAAGACCAAGUCGGAUAUUUGGACUUAUGGAUCUUCCCAUAGAGAUUAAAGCAGAGCCAAGAACAGGUAUGGAUAUCUGGCAGAGUAAAGAGCGUGAAUUUUCUCCGAAAGAGGACGUGCACGUUGACAUACUGGAGUGUGCAAAUCCUGAUGAUUAUUGUCGGGAGGAAGAAGCUGUGCCCCAGGACAUAACCAGCUCUUCGAGUUCUUUCAAUGACUCGAUCUGUGUUCCUGGUGAUUCCGGGCUUGGCGAUGAAGAGGCUCAAUCCAUAUUAUGCGAGGAAUACCCUUUGCCUCCUUCAAUCUGUGAUGGGACUGAAUUCUUUUGUAUGAGGAAGAAAAAGCUGAGGGAUGAUUGGAGGCAUUUCAUUAGGCCUAUAAGCUGGAGAUGUAGAUGGUUAGAGCUGAAAGUUAAGGAAUUUCAGUCUCAAGCGAGAAAAUACAAGAAAGAAAUUGCAGACUAUUAUCUUACGAAGCAGUUUGAGUUGGAGAAGUUGAAUUUGGAAGGCAACGCUGUAAAGUCAAUACCUUUUCCUGUCCAAGCUCAAAGGGUGAGAGUUUUGAACAGAAGAAAAAGGAAGCGAGUGGAAGAAACAACUGAUGUUGCAUCAUAUAUGUCCAGCCAUAAUCUCUUCUCCUAUGCCGAAAAUCGGAUGCCAGCAACCGCUGGCCCUCAUCAUCGUCAGAUAGAUAUUUGUGCAGAACGCAAAUGUUCAAGGAAGGAGAAUGAGGUUGAAGAUGACAGUCUAGUUUAUGAGGUCAAGUUUUCUGAUGAAUAUGUGGCGGGUGCCCUACAAAAGAUUGAUGAGGCGUGGGAAAAGGCAAAAAAGCUGAAGAAGCGUGUAGAUGAAUUGAUGUGUGAACCAUCAAUAGAAAUAGUAAACGACUCUGUCCAUAUAGAACAUCUAUCUAUACCCGAGAUCUCAGCUCCCGUCCAGAACAUUGAGCAGCAACGCCUGAUCAACAUCUCUCCAAGCUUUUUUGGAGAUGAAAAAUCUAUCUUCCCCGUCUUUGAAGAUGUCGAGGAAGAAGCGGAGGGUGAAAUAGCAACGGGGGAAGAGCUUGAUUACUUCAGGAAAAUAAUCAAUGAGGUAACAGGAGGAGUGCCUCGAUUAUCAUCAGAAGAACCAGAAGCCGAAGGAGAAAAAGAAGAAGAUCCUUCGCUAACAACAACAACCAAAGAAGAAGAUCCUUCACUAACAGCAACAACCACCAUAUCCACCAGGGUCAAGACCAGGAAAAGGAAGAAGAGGCAACCCUCUCGGAUAUCAUCCAGCACAAGAUCCCGUAGGAGUGCUGCCCUUCUCAGGCGGAAAACCACACUCUGAGAGCUUGUCUCUGUAUAGCCCCCAAGGUCAUGCCUCAUCAGAGCCUCUAUUACCAUAUGAUCUUCUUAGGUAAGGUGGUGAAAAUGUAUAAUUUUUUUUUUAUGUGCAUUCUUAUCUUACUUGCGCUCCAAAGAAUUGUGAACCCACUAGGUUUUCAGAGGCCAAUAGGACCUUUUUUGCUUAUUCUUCUUUUCGUAGGCUCU